AUCUUCCCCCUCCAGCAACAAGGGAGAGGCCCCCAGGGUGUAAGACAGUGUUUGUUGGAGGACUGCCAGAAAAUGGAACAGAGCAGAUCAUCAUGGAAGUGUUUGAGCAGUGUGGGGAGGUCAUCGCUAUUCGGAAGAGUAAGAAGAAUUUCUGUCACAUCCGCUUUGCUGAGGAGUUCAUGGUGGACAAGGCGCUUUAUCUUUCUGGCUAUCGCAUCAGGCUGGGCUCCAGCACUGACAAGAAGGACACUGGGCGCCUGCACGUGGAUUUUGCUCAGGCUCGGGACGAUCUGUAUGAGUGGGAGUGCAAGCAGAGGAUGCUGGCCAGGGAGGAACGCCACCGCCGGAGGCUGGAGGAGGAACGCUUCCGCCCGCCCUCCCCGCCUCCUGUUGUCCAUUACUCUGACCACGAGUGCAGCGUUGUCGCUGAGAAACUGAAAGAUGACACAAAGUUCUUGGAAGCCAUACAGACCUUACUGACCUGGAUAGAACGUGGAGAAGUGAACAGGAGAACUGCCAACAACUUCUACUCCAUGAUCCAGUCGGCCAACAGUCACGUUCGCAGGCUGGUGAACGAGAAAGCAGCUCAUGAGAAAGAGAUGGAAGAAGCUAAAGAGAAAUUCAAACUUGCUCUCUCAGGGAUUCUGGUUCAGUUCGAGCAGAUAGUGGCCGUGUACCAUUCUGCCUCCAAACAAAAAGCUUGGGACCAUUUCACGAAAGCUCAGCGUAAGAACAUCAGCGUGUGGUGCAAACAAGCAGAGGAAAUUCGUAACAUUCAUAAUGAUGAACUCAUGGGUAUUCGAAGAGAGGAGGAAAUGGAAAUGUCUGAUGAAGAAAUAGAAGAUCCACCAGAGAUGAAAGAAACAGAAGAAUCAGCGCUGGUAUCACAAGUGGAAGCUCUGAAAGAAGAAAAUGACAGUCUGCGCUGGCAGCUGGAUGCCUACAGGAACGAGGUGGAGCUGCUAAAGCAGGAGCAAGGCAAAGCAAGCAGGGAUGAAGACACAACCAAGGAGCAGCAGAUGAAGCUUCUCCAGCAGGCUCUGCAAGGGAUGCAGAAGCAUCUUUUGAAAGUACAGGAGGAAUACAAAAAGAGAGAAGCUGAGCUAGAAAAAGUGAGAGAAGAAAAACUGAAAAUAGAAACGUUAUUAGAAAACCUUAAGGAGCAGCAGAAUAUAGCAGAUGAAGAGGACAAGGAGAGAGACACAAAUGAUUGUCAAGGGAAUGAGAGCAGUGCAGGCAGAGUUUGUGCGUGCAGCCAGGAGAAGGAAUGUCCAGUUGAGAAGACAUUGAGCAAUAGUCCUGUGAAAUCUGAACGAGAAGUUCUCUUAGUUGGAAUAAUUUCAACGUUUCUUCAUGUGCAUCCGUUUGGAGCAAGCAUAGAGUACAUCUGUUCCUACCUGCAACGUCUGGACAGCAAA